AGAAAUUCUGAGAAUCAUAGAAUCAGAGUUGGAAGGGACCUCAUGAGUCAUCCAGUCAAGCCCCCUGCCAAGAAGCAAGAACAUUUCAUUCAAAGCACCCAUGACAGAUGGUCAUCCAGCCUCUGCUUAAAAACUUCCAAAGAAGGAGCACUCCGCUGCACAGAGAGUUCCACUGCUGAACGGCUCUCACAGUGAGGAAGUUCUUCCUAAUGUUCAGGUGGAAUCUCCUUUCCUGUAGUUUAAAGCCAUUGUUGCGCGUCCUAGUCUCCAGGACAGCAGAAAACAAACUUGCUUCAUCCUCCCUAUGACUUUCCCUCACAUAUUUAUAUAUGGCCAUCAUGUCUCCUUUCAGUCUUUUCUUCUGCAGGCUAAACAUGCCCAGCUCUUUAAGCCACUCCUCGUAGGGCUUGUUCUCCAGACCCUUGAUCAUUUUAGUCGCCUUCCUCUAGACACCUUCUAGCUUGUCAACAUCUCCCUUCAGUUGCGGUGCCCAGAAUUGGACACAGUAUUCCAGGUGUGGAAUAGAGGGGUAGCAUGACUUCCCUGGAUCUAGACACUAGACUCCUAUUGAUGCAGGCCAAAAUCCCAUUGGCUUUUUUUUGCUGCCGCAUCACAUUGUUGGCUCAUGUUUAACUUGUUGUCCACAAGGACUCCAAUAUCUUGUUCACACAUACUUCUGUCGAGCCAGUCAUCCUCCAUUCUGUAUCUUUAUUAUUGAUUAUUAGAAAAUACGACUGGUUGAUUGGAAGAAACAUUAACAACCUUGGGUAUGCAGAUGAUACCACUCUGAUGGCUGAAAGUGAGGAAGAGCUGAGGAGCCUUAUCACCAAAGUGAAAGAAGAAAGUGCAAAAGCUGGGUUGCAGCUAAACAUCAAGAAAACCAAGAUCAUGGCAACUACACCUAUUGAUAACUGGCAAAUAGAAGGAGAAAAUGUGGAGGCAGUGACAGACUUUAUAUUUCUAGGCGCGAAGAUCACUGCAGAUGCAGACUGCAGCCAGGAAAUCAGAAGACGUUUACUUCUUGGGAGGAGAGCAAUGGCCAACCUUGACAAAAUAGUGAAGAGCAGAGACAUCACACUAGCAACGAAGGUCCGCAUAGUCAAAGCAAUGGUAUUCUCCAUAGGAACCAAUGGUUGCGAGAGCUGGACCAUAAGGAAGGCUGAGCGAAGGAAGAUAGACGCUUUUGAACUCUGGUGCUGGAGGAAAAUCCUGAGAGUGCCUUGGACCGCAAGAAGAUCCAACCAGUCCAUCAUCCAGGAAAUAAUGCCCAGCUGCUCACUGGAGGGAAGGAUAUUAGAGGCAAAGUUGAAGUAUUUUGGCCAAAUCAUGAGAAGACAGGAAAGCUUGGAAAAGAUCAUGAUGCUGGGGAAAAAGGAAGGAAAAAGGAAGAGAGUCCGACCAAAGGCGAGAUGGAUGGACGGUAUACUUGAAGUGACUGGCAUGAACUUGAAGGAACUGGGGGCAGCGACAGCCGACAGGGAGCUCUGGCGUGGACUGGUCCAUGAGGUCACGAAGAGUCAGAAACGACUAUGCGACUGAGAGAGAUAGACUAUUGAUUGACAUUUAAGUGUCUUGAGUAUGAUCAGUGUGCCACAUACCUGGGCUUUGAGCAUGAAGUUAGGCAGAGAACAGAAAUGGUGUUUCAAGCAUGUGUGUAGGAGUGUGGAGCUGUGUAGCAACAGUGACUAGUUUUCCAGGACUGCAAAGGAGGGAGUGGGUUUGGGUUUGGAAUGGCUCAGCAGCUGUUGGAAGGGUCUGUGAGUCAUUGGGAAGGCUGAACUUUUUAUGGCAUGGAAUGUAUUGGUGGUGGACUGCUAUUGCUUCCAGUGGGCUAGGAAAUCAAAAUAGGUCUUGCACUAUCAAUCCUAGGUCUGUGCUGAUGAAGAAAAUAAACAUAUUCUGGAUUUUCAAAAAAUUGAUUUUAUAUCUGUGCUACUUUGGGACCCUGUAAUGGAAGGUGAGGUAUGAAUAUCUGAAUAAAGUGAAAUAGGUGGAAGCCAGGAAAGUAUGAUAUAUUGGAUUAAGGAAAGUAGAAAUCUAUAUAUAUAAAAGGCUAAUGAAAUUGCGGCCUAGGACAAAACAACAAAACUACACAUUCCAGAAACACUAAACUUGGCAGCACAACCCCUCAUCCAUGCCUCUACGUUCAAACAACAAAAAGAAAAGAAAAAUAAAGUCCUAAUUAGAGGGAGAGGAAUAAUUGUUUUUAUCCAAUUGCUGCCAGUUAGAAGGCUAAGUUCCGCCCACUUGGUCUCCUAGCAACCCACUCAGCCAAGGGCACAGGCAGAGUUAGGCCUCAGGCCUCUUCCACAGAUUAUCUCAUUUGCACUGGAUUAUAUGGCAGUGUAGACUCAAGGCCCUUCCACACAGCUAUAUAACCCAUUUAUAAUCUUAUAUUAUCUGCUUUGCACUGGAUUAUCUUGAGUCCACACUGCCAUAUAAUCCACUUCGGUGUGCAUUUUAUCCAGCUGUGUAGAAGGGGCCUUAUACUUCGCCACAGCAACGCGUGGCCGGGCACAGCUAGUAUGGCUUAUAAAAAGCUCUCUCAGUGUUUGUGAUACUUCCGAAAUCAACUGAAAUGAGGUUUGGUAACUGGGUAUAAGGGAAGCCCCCAGUAACAUAGCAAAUUUGAGUAGAUCAAUAGGUACUGCUCAGACAGGAAGGUAACGACGCUCUAUGUAGUCGUGUUGGCAACAUGACCUUGGAGAUAUCUACAGACGGCAGCUCUUUGGCUUAGAAAUUGAGAUGAGCACACCCCCCCCCCCCCCCCCCAAGAGUCGAGCACAACUAGACUUAUCAUCAAGGGAAAACCUUUCCCUUAACUGGGUAUAAUGUCACAAAUCCAGCUCAAGUUGAAAUUAGGAAUAUAAAAAAAUUAUCCAUUAAACCUAUAUUUUUAGUUGAUGUGGAGGACAGUACAGAAAUAACUCUUCUUUCCUUUAAAUCUUGGCCUGCAUCCCCUGGAGUCUAGAUGAUUGCCCUGUGGGAACUGAAAAUUACAAGAUAGAUGGGAGAAUCUGUGAUUAGAUCUCCCCAUGUUUUCUUUAAAAACCAAGCUAAAGAGCCAAGGGAACCUCCCGAUUGGUGUGGGGUGCAGCUGGGGUAGAUUGUUGUGUCCCAUGUUCUGAUCCACCCAUGUUGUCCAUUUGGGAAAGAAACAGUAUAUUUUCUUUUGAUAGUUGUGAUCACCCAGAUUGGCUCCGCAGUUGCAAGCCUAAAUACCUUAAAAGAGACAAAAGAUCCAUAACUCUGCAACAUUUCCCAUUUUCUUGGAAAGAGAGAGUACACAUUUCUGAGCAUGCUUAGAACUUGCGCGGGAAAUGUUUGCUUAACAAGCACACUAAUCCUUAUGGCCAAAUCCAAUAUGCAUAGUUUGAAAGGAUGCCUGUUAAGUGUUCCUGUCACUUUCAGUUUCGUUGCCUUCUUUGGGGCAAAAAUCAAUAUUGGUAGCAUUAUACUGACUCCAUAUUAAAAAGGCAAUGGGAAGGUAUAAUGUGUUGACUUAAAGCUGCAUACUGCUGUUUGCUAAGCAUGACCCAAGAAGUCAACCUCAUUCUUGAUUUUUCCCUGCAAUUAUAUAACUUGGCCCACUGGAUUUGAUGGGCAGCAUGGCUCUUCGUGGUCUACAUUUUUAAAAUACCUUCUAAAAAUAAAUGGAAGGGUGACUUUGAACAAACUAGAUCAAGCACACUUUUGGAACUUGUGCAGUGUUAAAGUUCUUUACUAUCUUGUGAGGUCAUUUGAACUAUUUUCUAAACAAAUAGCUUAUUAUUAUUUUAAAAAAUUCUAGUGCCCAUAACUGGUCAAAGCCCGACUUCCGGUUAUAUUUUAGAUAUAAAGCCUGUGUUCAGGGCCCAAAUACUUUAAACUUUUGGCUGUGGAAUUACUUUCCUUAGAUAGCAUUAAUCUCUGCCAAAAGAUCAUUGAGAAUUCUCUACAUGGGAUAACAUGGUUGGAGAUGUUUCAGCCACAGUGUCAGCCCAUGGUUCUGUGUGACCAAGCUAAUAAGACGUUUUGGCACUUUUGAGACAAACUGUCAAAACCAGAAAUCCAUAGUUUACCUUUGCUUUGCUAAUCAUGCUUGGUUGGUUUGAGUGAAAAGGCAAACACUAUUUUCCCUACAGAUGGAAAAGGAAGAGAGGGCAUACAAAUUUAUGCUAUAAUGCACUAAAAUGUAGCCCAGCAUUGCAAUUGAGCCAUUUACUGGAGUCUUUAAGGCCCUUUCACACAGCCCUAUAUCCCAGAAUAUCAAGGCAGAAAAUCCCACAUUAUCUGAGUAUACACUCAGAUAACCCAGUUCAAAGCAGAUAUUGUGGGAUUUUCUGCCUUGAUAUUCUGGGAUAUAGGACUGUGUGGAAGGGCCCCUAGUUGGUUGGACCGGAUGAUCUUUUCUAUAUAACCUGAGACUACACCUUAAAAACACGGAUCUUCACUUUGUGAGUCCAGAUCCACAAGCAGUUUGUAAUCCAUCCUAAUGCCAACAGUUAUUUGUUCUCUCUCAAAUCUUAUUAUUUUUUCAGAUGAUAGGAAGAGACUAAGGCCCUUUCCAUGCAGCUGAAUAAAAUCUCACAUGAUCUUCUUUGAACUAGAAUAUAUGGCAGUGUGGACUCAGAUAACCUAGUUCAAAGCAGAUAUUGUGGGAUUUUCUGUCAUGAUAUUCUGGGAUGUUUGAAUGUGUUGAAGCGCCCAUAGAAACGCAGAUAAAGGAAGAGGUGGGAGAGACAAAGAAGAGGAAGGAAGAGGUGUAGUUGCAUGGCAGAAAGUGGUGGUGCAGUGGGUUAAACCCUUGUGCCAUCUGAAAUGCUGACCUGAAAGUCGGUGGUUCGAAUCCUCGAGGCAGGGUGAGCUCCCAUCUGUCAGCCCCAGCUUCCCAUGUGGGGACAUUAGAGAAGCCUCCAGCCUCCCACAGGAUGGUGACACAUCCAGGUGUCCCAUGGGCAAUGUCUUUGUAGAACAGCCGAUUCUCUCACACCAGAAGCGACUUGCAGUAUGUUCUCAAUUCACUUCUGACAUGAUAAAAAAAUGGCAGAAACAUACAUUGAUUCUUUGGCCCCACCAACACUGACCAUUUAAUGUAGUUCAAAGCUAGCUUCAAAAUGCAUUGCCCUGGCAACAAAUACCCACAAAAAUGUGCGAAAGAAUUCUCUUAAUGUGCAUCAGUGCUCUGUGGUUUAUGUAAUCACCAUCCCGGCCUCAAACUAGUUCCAGGAUUUCCUGUGUAAUCAUCUGCACAGCGAAACCACUUUCUUCAAUACCAGUCUGAAAUUGCAUUAAGUGGUCAGUGUAUUUAUUUAUUUAUUUAAAACAUUUCUAUUCCACCCUUCUCACCCCGAAGGAGAGCCAGGGUGGAGCAAAACAUAUAUAAGGCAAACAUUCAAUGCUGGAACAUAAAAUUAACCAUAAAUAUACAUAAACACUAAAAUAAGUAAUCUUCACAUUAAAACCAUUAUUUAAAACCAUCACAAAAUCAGCUGUAUCGUAUCCAGUCAGCAGGGUGAAAUUUCCUAUUUCUGCCAUUAUUGCGCUACCCUAAAGGCUUGGUCUGUGUAGAUGGGCUCUAUGUUGCAGGUGAGCAUGAAAGACAGAUCUGGAAAAAAUGAAGACUACUGCGUCAAGGACAAACAUACUCCUCUGAUGUUGAGUGAAAGAUUUGUAGUGAUGAAUAAGCUGUCCGUGAGAAUUUCUUUGAUUAUUUACCUUGUACUAUACUUUCUAGCGAACAAGUUUUUGAAGAACAUUGAUGUGACCUGGAAUACAAAUUGAAAGUUACAAUUCUGAAUAGAACCAAAAUGUUUUGGGAUUAAGGAAGAAGAACCACUGAUUUUGGUAUGCAUUGAUGGAGGAAGUAGGACAAGAAGCUCGACUGAGCCACACUUCCUGUCUGUUCAUUAUCUUCUGUCUUUUAUCAUAUUUGAAAUUGUACAGACUAGCUUCCUCAUUUGGUUGUCCCAGAAUAUUUCAGUUAGUCUGCUGUCAGAUUGACCAACUGGCAGAUUGCAUCCAGAUACUUGUCUUACCUGAACUUCAGUAUAUUAGCAAAGUGUGUGUGUAGAUAAGUAUGUUUUUAAUUAACUUCAUAAUCCCAAUGCAAUUCAUAAGAGUCACACUAAAUAAUAAUAAUAAUAAUAAGAAGAACAACAACAACAACAAACUUUAUGUAUAUCCCCCCACCAUUUCCCUGAAGGGACUCGGGGUGGCUCACAAGGCACUCCAGGGUGCAGCAUAUAAAACAGUACAAAAGUAUAAAACAAUAACACAUAACAUUAUAACAACAACCAUUACCAACACACAUAGCAUAAGAUAAAAUUGCUCAGUUUAAAACAUAGAAUCCCUGCUGAUAAAACUAGGUGGUAUCAGUUUACGACCUGAAGUGUUUGAGUGUCAACCUCAUAUGGGCCCAUUCCAGCCUACUCGAGGUCAAAGGUCUGUUUAAACAUCCAUGUUUUUAGGCCAGAUCGGAAGGAUUGGAGGGUGGGGGCUAAUCUAAUCUCUUUUGGGAGGGUAUUCCAGAGCCGGGGAGCCCCCACCAAGAAAGUCCUCUCUCUUGUCUCCACCAACCGUGCUUGAGACGGUGAUGGGACUGAGAAAAGGGCCUCCCCUGCAGAUUUCAGAGUCCGCGCUGGUUCAUCGAAGAUAGGUGGGACCCGAAGAUAGGUUGGACCCGAAGCUUACAAGUAAUGUAGUAUCGGGCAGUGAUGUACUGAAGAAAAUUAUAUACUUACAGGUAUCCUUUCUGGUAGUUCAUAAAUCCUCUGUUGGUUCUAAAUGAAUAUUUUAAUAGUUUAAAAAGCAAGACUGAUACCAGUUGAACAUUCUUCCCUUAACACACACUCUUCGAUCUUUUAAACCCUAUCUGUAGCCUGAGAUGCUAGUUUUAUCCAGCUAAUCUGUUAGUUCGUUUUUUUUCUCUUUUGAACUGCAGCUUUUGGGACAUAUAGAUUUGAAGAUUUUUUUUUUGUGUGAGGAGCGACUUGAGAAACUGCAAGUUGCUUCUGGUGUGAGAGAAUUGGCCGUCUGCAAGGACGUUGCCCAGGGUACACCCGGAUGUUUUGAUGUUUUUACCAUCCUUGUGGGAGGCUUCUCUCAUGUCCCUGCAUGGAGCUGGAGCUGACAGAGGGAAGAUUUGAAGAUGUUUUUAUAAGACUCAUAAAACCAAAUGCAAGGAGGCACAAGGUUUACUUAUUUCAAAGUGUGUAAUUCACGCAGAACAUAUGAAUUGAAUGCCUUUUUACAUAAUAUGUAAGAGCACUGAACACCUUGUGAUUUUUUUCCUGUUUAAUUUCUCGGUAAAAGUUGUUAUCUUAUGGGGUUCCCCUCCUUUUACAUUAGAUGACUCAUGGGAAAUGUGAAGUGGAUCCCAGAGUUCAUACUAUGAUUUAGGAUAGUUUGGGGAAGAGAAACUCUACCAAUACAGGCUCAUCUAUAUAUCUAUGGCAUCUAUAAUACACAAUGGCAGAAUCUUGGCUUAUCCUUUAGAACAUGACUUCAUUGUGAUGCACAGAUCCAGCCACUGUGAUGAUGUAAUUUCAGGUUUCUUAGAAAAUUCUCUUAGAAGCACUUCAUCACUUGCUUGUGAAACCCAGACAUGUUGGUGCCUGACAUCAGGAAAUGUGGCAAGGAUCUCAGCAGUUCAGUGGCAGGGCAUACACUUUCUCUUGCUUUUGGAAAAUCCUGAUCUUGGCGGAUUUCGUAAAAAUGAUGAAAUGAAAGCUAUGGAAGUCCUGCCUAUUUUGAAGGAGAAAGUUGCAUACCUUUCAGGUGGAAGAGAUAAGCGAGGAGGCCCCAUUCUAACAUUUCCAGCUCGCAGUAAUCAUGAUAGAAUACGACAGGAGGACCUUAGGAGACUCAUUUCAUACCUAGCUUGUAUACCUAGUGAAGAAGUGUGUAAACGAGGUUUCACGGUCAUUGUAGAUAUGCGAGGAUCUAAAUGGGACUCUAUAAAGCCACUUUUGAAGAUCCUACAGGAAUCCUUUCCCUGUUGCAUCCAUGUUGCACUGAUAAUCAAGCCAGACAACUUUUGGCAGAAACAGCGGACUAACUUUGGCAGCUCUAAGUUUGAAUUUGAGACAAACAUGGUAUCUCUGGAAGGCCUUACCAAAGUUGUUGACCCAUCUCAGUUAACUCCUGAAUUUGAUGGCUGCUUGGAAUAUAACCACGAGGAAUGGAUAGAAAUCAGAGUUGCCUUUGAGGAUUACAUUAGCAAUGCCACCCACAUGCUCUCAAGGCUGGAGGAGCUACAGGAUAUAUUGGCCAAAAAGGAUUUGCCUCAGGACAUGGAGGCAGCUAGGAGUAUGAUUGAGGAGCAUUCACAACUGAAGAAGAAAGUCAUCAAAGCUCCUAUUGAGGACCUGGAUCUAGAAGGGCAAAAGCUGCUGCAAAGGAUACAGAGCAGUGAGACUUUCCCCAAAAAGAACUCUGGCUCUGGAAAUGCGGACCUACAGAACCUCUUGCCAAAAGUGUCCACUAUGUUGGACCGGCUGCACUCGACACGGCAGCAUCUGCAUCAGAUGUGGCAUGUGCGGAAGUUGAAAUUGGACCAAUGCUUUCAGCUCAGGCUUUUUGAACAAGAUGCAGAAAAGAUGUUCGACUGGAUCACACACAACAAAGGUCUGUUUUUGAACAGCUACACAGAGAUUGGAGCCAGUCACCCUCACGCCAUGGAGCUUCAGACACAGCACAAUCAUUUUGCUAUGAACUGUAUGAAUGUGUAUGUAAACAUAAACCGCAUCAUGUCUGUAGCCAACCGUUUGAUGGAGUCUGGUCACUAUGCCUCACAGCAAAUCAAGCAAAUCGCCAGCCAGUUGGAGCAAGAAUGGAAAGCAUUUGCUGCAGCCCUGGAUGAACGUAGUACCUUAUUGGAAAUGUCAGGUGUUUUCCACCAGAAGGCUGAGCAGUACAUGAGUAAUGUGGAUUCAUGGUGUAAAGCCUGCGGUGAGGUAGAGCUUCCCUCAGAACUGCAGGAUUUGGAAGAUGCCAUCCACCAUCACCAAGGGAUAUAUGAGCAUAUUACUUUGGCAUAUUCUGAGGUCAGCCAAGAUGGAAAGUCAUUACUUGAUAAACUGCAACGGCCUUUGACUCCUGGAAGCUCAGACUCUCUAACAGCUUCAGCUAACUACUCUAAGGCAGUGCAUCAUGUCCUAGAUGUUAUUCAUGAAGUGCUUCAUCACCAGAGGCAACUGGAGAACAUCUGGCAGCAUCGAAAGGUUCGCCUACAUCAACGACUUCAGCUCUGUGUCUUUCAGCAGGAUGUACAACAGGUACUGGACUGGAUUGAAAACCAUGGAGAAGCCUUUCUUAGCAAACACACAGGAGUUGGGAAGUCCUUACAUCGAGCAAGAGCUCUACAGAAACGCCAUGAGGACUUUGAAGAAGUGGCACAAAACACUUAUACCAAUGCAGACAAGUUGCUAGAAGCAGCGGAACAGCUAGCCCAGACAGGAGAGUGCGACCCUGAAGAGAUUUAUCAAGCAGCCCAUCAGUUAGAAGACAGGAUUCAAGAUUUUGUUCGGCGUGUUGAGCAGCGAAAGAUCCUCCUGGACAUGUCUGUGUCUUUUCACACCCAUGUUAAAGAGCUCUGGACAUGGCUGGAAGAGCUGCAAAAGGAACUUUUGGAUGAUGUUUACGCAGAGUCUGUGGAGGCAGUGCAAGAGCUGAUCAAAAGAUUUGGCCAACAGCAGCAAACCACUCUGCAAGUGACAGUGAAUGUCAUCAAAGAAGGUGAAGAUCUGAUACAGCAGCUGAGGGAUUCUGCCAUCUCGAGUAACAAGACCCCCCACAACAGCUCCAUCAAUCAUAUUGAGACCGUCCUUCAGCAGCUGGAUGAGGCCCAGUCGCAGAUGGAGGAGCUUUUCCAGGAGCGCAAAAUAAAGCUGGAACUUUUCUUACAGUUGAGAAUAUUUGAGAGAGAUGCCAUUGAUAUAAUUUCUGAUCUUGAAUCCUGGAAUGAUGAGCUCUCUCAGCAGAUGAAUGAUUUUGAUACUGAAGAUCUUACAAUAGCUGAGCAAAGGCUUCAGCAUCACGCGGACAAAGCCCUGACCAUGAAUAACCUGACUUUUGAUGUCAUCCACCAAGGGCAAGAUCUCUUGCAGUAUGUCAAUGAAGUGCAGGCGUCUGGUGUGGAGCUGCUCUGUGACAGGGAUGUGGACAUGGCAACGCGGGUUCAGGAUUUGCUGGAAUUCCUCCACGAGAAGCAGCAGGAGCUGGACUUGGCUGCAGAGCAGCAUCGGAAGCACUUGGAACAAUGUGUGCAGCUGCGUCACCUUCAGGCUGAAGUCAAGCAGGUGCUGGGCUGGAUCCGAAAUGGGGAGUCUAUGCUAAAUGCAGGACUCAUUACUGCUAGCUCACUGCAGGAAGCUGAGCAGCUGCAGCGUGAACAUGAACAGUUCCAGCAUGCAAUAGAGAAAACACACCAGAGUGCACUGCAGGUGCAGCAGAAAGCUGAGGCGAUGCUGCAGGCUAAUCACUAUGACAUGGACAUGAUCAGGGACUGUGCUGAGAAGGUGGCCUCCCAUUGGCAGCAACUGAUGCUCAAGAUGGAAGACCGACUCAAGCUUGUGAACGCCUCUGUGGCCUUUUAUAAAACAUCGGAGCAGGUAUGCAGCGUACUGGAAAGUCUGGAACAAGAAUACAAACGGGAAGAAGACUGGUGUGGAGGAGCUGACAAGCUGGGUCCCAACUCGGAAACGGACCAUGUGACUCCUAUGAUUAGCAAACACCUUGAACAGAAAGAGGCCUUCCUGAAGGCUUGCACGCUAGCUAGGAGAAAUGCUGAUGUGUUCCUGAAAUACCUGCACAGGAAUAGUGUAAAUAUGCCAGGGAUGGUGACUCACAUCAAAGCCCCUGAACAGCAGGUCAAAAAUAUCCUCAAUGAACUCUUCCAGAGGGAAAACCGUGUGUUGCACUACUGGACAAUGAGAAAAAGACGUCUUGACCAAUGUCAGCAGUAUGUGGUCUUUGAACGAAGUGCCAAGCAGGCUCUUGAGUGGAUCCAUGACAAUGGAGAGUUUUAUUUAUCUACACACACAUCCACAGGCUCCAGUAUCCAGCAUACUCAAGAGCUGUUGAAAGAGCAUGAAGAAUUCCAGAUUACAGCAAAACAAACCAAAGAGCGGGUGAAGCUGUUGAUCCAGCUAGCGGAUGGCUUUUGUGAAAAGGGCCAUGCCCACGCAGCAGAGAUUAAAAAAUGUGUCACAGCGGUGGACAAGAGAUACAGGGACUUCUCUCUGCGCAUGGAAAAAUAUCGGACCUCUUUAGAGAAAGCCCUUGGGAUCUCUUCGGAUUCCAAUAAAUCUAGUAAAAGCCUGCAGCUAGAUAUAAUCCCAGCCAGCAUUCCUGGGUCAGAGGUGAAACUGCGAGAUGCCUCUCAUGAGCUCAAUGAAGAAAAAAGGAAGUCUGCCCGCAGGAAAGAGUUCAUUAUGGCCGAGCUCAUUCAGACAGAAAAGGCUUACGUAAGAGAUCUCCGGGAGUGUAUGGAUACAUACUUGUGGGAAAUGACAAGCGGUGUUGAAGAAAUCCCUCCUGGCAUUGUCAACAAGGAGCAUAUCAUCUUUGGAAACAUGCAGGAGAUCUAUGAAUUCCAUAAUAAUAUAUUCUUGAAAGAGCUAGAAAAAUAUGAACAGCUACCUGAAGAUGUUGGUCACUGUUUUGUAACUUGGGCAGACAAGUUCCAAAUGUACGUGACUUACUGCAAGAACAAGCCAGACUCCACCCAAUUGAUAUUGGAACAUGCUGGUGCUUACUUUGAUGAGAUACAACAGCGACAUGGACUAGCCAACUCAAUCUCCUCUUACCUUAUCAAACCUGUUCAGAGAAUAACAAAAUAUCAACUUCUUCUGAAGGAGCUGCUCACUUGCUGUGAAGAAGGUAAAGGUGAGAUUAAAGACGGUUUAGAAGUAAUGCUUAGUGUGCCGAAACGAGCCAAUGAUGCCAUGCAUCUUAGCAUGCUGGAAGGUUUUGAUGAGAACAUUGAAUCUCAGGGAGAGCUCAUCCUUCAGGAAUCCUUCCAAGUAUGGGAUCCUAAGACUCUAAUUCGGAAAGGCCGAGAGAGGCAUCUGUUCCUCUUUGAGAUGUCACUAGUCUUUAGUAAAGAGGUGAAAGACUCCAGUGGGAGAAGCAAAUACAUCUACAAGAGCAAAUUGUUUACAUCUGAAUUGGGUGUCACAGAGCACGUGGAGGGUGAUCCUUGCAAAUUUGCACUGUGGGUUGGAAGGACUCCUACUUCAGACAACAAAAUUGUGCUAAAGGCUUCCAGUAUUGAGAACAAACAAGACUGGAUCAAGCACAUCAGAGAAGUGAUACAGGAAAGAACAAUCCAUCUCAAAGGAGCCUUAAAAGAGCCAAUUCAUAUUCCCAAAACGGCACCAACGACAAAACAGAAGGGAAGAAGAGAUGGAGAAGACCUGGAUAGUCAAGGCGAUGGCAGUAGUCAACCUGAUACUAUUUCAAUUGCCUCCCGAACCUCACAAAAUACACUAGAUAGUGACAAGCUGUCAGGUGGAUGUGAGUUGACAGUGGUCAUCCAUGAUUUCACCGCAUGCAACAGCAAUGAACUGACAAUCCGUCGGGGUCAGACAGUGGAGGUUCUGGAGCGGCCGCAUGACAAACCUGACUGGUGCCUAGUACGAACCACUGACCGGUCCCCAGCUGCAGAAGGGCUGGUCCCCUGUGGAUCUCUCUGCAUUGCCCACUCUAGGAGCAGUAUGGAAAUGGAGGGCAUUUUUAACCACAAAGAUUCACUCUCAGUUUCCAGCAACGAUGCCAGCCCUCCUGCCUCAGUGACAUCACUCCAGCCCCAUAUGAUUGGGGCACAGAGUUCCCCGGGUCCAAAGCGCCCUGGCAACACCCUGAGGAAAUGGCUCACUAGCCCAGUGAGGCGACUUAGCAGUGGAAAAGCAGAUGGCCAUGUGAAGAAACUGGCCCACAAACAUAAGAAGAGUCGAGAAGUCCGCAAAAGCGCUGACACCGGUUCUCAGAAGGACUCGGACGACAGUGCUGCUACGCCACAAGACGAAACCAUUGAAGAGGUGUGGAGAGGGCGAAAUGAGGGCUUGAGCAGUGGCACGCUCUCCAAAUCAUCUUCCUCAGGCAUGCAGAGCUGCGGAGAGGAAGAAGGUGAAGAAGGGGCUGAUGCUGUGCCACUUCCACCUCCAAUGGCAAUUCAGCAACACAGUCUACUCCAACCAGACUCUCAGGAUGACAAGACAUCUUCUCGGCUAUUGGUGCGUCCUACUAGCUCAGAAACUCCCAGCGCAGCAGAACUUGUCAGUGCAAUAGAGGAACUUGUGAAGAGCAAAAUGGCUCUGGAGGAUCGUCCAAGUUCGCUGAUGGUCGACCAGGGUGAUAGCAGCAGCCCAUCGUUCAAUCCCUCUGACAAUUCACUUCUCUCCUCCUCGUCACCGAUGGAUGAGAUGGAAGAACGAAAGUCCAGCUCUUUGAAAAGACGACACUAUGUCCUACAAGAAUUAGUGGAAACAGAAAGAGAUUACGUAAGGGAUCUUGGCUACGUAGUAGAGGGUUACAUGGCUCUCAUGAAAGAAGAUGGUGUUCCUGAUGACAUGAAAGGGAAAGACAAAAUUGUUUUUGGCAACAUUCAUCAAAUAUAUGACUGGCACAGAGAUUUCUUUUUAGAAGAAUUAGAGAAGUGCCUUGAGGAGCCAGAAAAAUUGGGAUCACUUUUUGUUAAACAUGAGAGAAGAUUGCACAUGUACAUAGUUUACUGCCAAAACAAACCAAAGUCUGAGCAUAUUGUCUCAGAAUACAUUGAUACAUUUUUUGAGGACCUGAAGCAGCGUUUGGGUCACAGACUUCAGCUUACAGAUUUGCUGAUAAAGCCAGUGCAAAGAAUUAUGAAAUAUCAAUUGUUACUAAAGGACUUCCUCAAAUACUCCAAAAAAGCUAAUCUUGACAUAACAGAAUUAGAGAGGGCUGUAGAAGUAAUGUGUAUAGUCCCCAAACGGUGCAACGACAUGAUGAAUGUUGGUCGUUUACAAGGAUUUGAUGGUAAAAUCGUUGCCCAGGGAAAACUGUUGCUACAAGACACAUUCAUGAUUACGGACCAGGAUACAGGACUCUUGCCACGUUUGAAAGAAAGGCGUGUCUUCCUGUUUGAACAGAUUGUCAUAUUCAGUGAACCACUAGAUAAAAAGAAAGGCUUCUCAACACCAGGGUUCUUAUUUAAAAAUAGUAUAAAGGUGAGUUGCCUUUGUUUGGAGGAAAACAUAGACAACGAUCCAUGUAAAUUUGCACUGACAUCGAGAGCAAGUGAUUCUAUGGAGACUUUUGUUUUGCAUUCCACCAGUCCAGGAGUCCGCCAAAUGUGGAUCCAUGAAAUCAACCAAAUUUUGGAAAACCAGCGUAAUUUUCUAAAUGCCUUGACAUCACCAAUCGAGUACCAGAGGAACCACAGUGGUCCUGGUGGUGGCGGUGGUGGCAGCAACAGCAGCAGCGGCCCAAGCUCCUGCACUGGAAUCCCCAGCUCCAGCCGUAGCAGACCCUCUCGGAUCCCACAGCCGGUCCGACACCAUUCCCCAGUCCAGGUCUCCUCUGCAGCCUCAGUCCAGGCAGAGGCAGACAAGAUGUCAGGUACGUCCAUUCACAAUCCCUCCCUGCCUCCCCACACAACUACCCUACAGGCUGGCCUCAGCCAGGCAGGCAGGCAUCCAUCAAACAUACAGCAAAAUGGUCCUGAGAGAGAAGCAGAGAAGAUCCCCAAGAUGAACACUUUGGAGAGCCCCCGGAAGGCACCGACAAGCACUUACUGUCCUGUGGAUGCAGAUCAGAGGGAAUGCCGAGGGAAUUCGGAAGAGAUUCGUUCAAGGAACAGCAUAGGAUCCCUGACGCUGGGGAAAGCCAGACCUGGAGCCAUCUCACCAGUAAACCCUCCUUCUGCAAUGGCUUUCCCCUCUCCUUUUGGCAAGGAAAACUUUACACCCAGUAGUCCUCUGCAGAAAGGCUCCUUUUGGAGCUCCAUCCCAGCAUCCCCUGUCAGCCGUCCCGGCUCCUUCACUUUCCCCGGGGACAGUGACUCCCUCCAGCGCCAGGUCCACCGUCACUCUUCACACAGCAAGGACACAGACCGCAUGAGCACAUGUUCCUCGGCCAGCGAGCAGUCAGUACACUCCACCCAGAGUAAUGGGAGUGAAAGUAGCAGCAGUAGCAAUAUCUCCACCAUGCUGGUGACACACGAUUAUACGGCAGUGAAGGAGGAUGAGAUUAAUGUCUACCAAGGAGAAGUUGUGCAAAUUCUAGCCAGCAACCAACAGAACAUGUUUUUGGUGUUCCGCGCCGCCACUGAUCAGUGCCCCGCAGCCGAGGGCUGGAUCCCCGGCUAUGUCCUGGGGCACACCAGUGCAAUCACCAUUGACAACCCUGAUGGAACAAUGAAGAAGUCAUCAUCUUGGCACACAGCACUCCGUCUAAAGAAGAAAUCUGAGAAAAAAGAUAAAGACAGCAAAAGGGAAGGCAAGUUAGAAAAUGGUUACCGUAAAUCACGAGACGGACUUGCCAAUAAGGUUUCCGUGAAGCUUCUCAACCCCAACUACAUUUAUGAUGUUCCCCCAGAAUUUAUAAUACCAUUAAGUGGGCUGACAUGUGAGAUAGGAGAGACUGUCAUUCUUAAGUGCAAAGUCUGUGGUCGUCCCAAAGCUUCCAUCACUUGGAAAGGGCCUGAUCAUAACACACUGAGCAAUGACAGUCACUACAGCAUCUCAUUCAGUGAUUUAGGAGAAGCAUCUCUGAAAAUCAUUGGUGUGACCACAGAAGAUGACGGUAUCUAUACCUGUAUAGCUGCAAAUGACAUGGGUUCAGUUUCAUCUUCAGCCAGUUUGCGAGUUUUAGGUCCUGGAAGUGAUGGUAUCAUUGUAACGUGGAAAGAUAACUUUGAUUCCUUGUACAGUGAAGUGGCUGAGCUUGGCAGGGGCAGGUUUUCUGUCAUUAAGCGAUGUGAUCAAAAGGGGACCAAGCGAGAAGUGGCUGCUAAAUUUGUAAAUAAGAAACUGAUGAAACGAGAUCAGGUCACCCACGAGCUCGGAAUCAUGCAGAAUCUCCAACACCCUCAGCUUGUCAGCCUUCUUGAUACCUUUGAGACCUCCACCAGUUACAUCUUGGUGUUAGAGAUGGCUAACCAAGGUCGACUUCUGGACUACGUCGUGCAGUGGGGAAAUCUCACUGAAGGAAAGAUCAAGCUGUAUCUAGGCGAGAUUCUGGAAGCUGUGCAGUAUCUUCACAAUUGCAGAAUAGUGCACUUGGACCUAAAGCCUGAAAACAUUCUGGUGGAUAAGAGCUUGGCCAAAGCGACAAUCAGACUGGCUGACUUUGGAGAUGCUGUCCAGCUCAACACCACCUAUUACAUCCACCAGUUACUUGGGAACCCAGAGUUUGCAGCUCCUGAAAUUAUCCUUGGAAAUCCCGUCUCCCUGACCUCAGAUGUGUGGAGCAUUGGCGUGCUCACAUACGUCCUCCUUAGUGGCGUGUCUCCUUUCCUGGAUGAAAGUGUAGAGGAAACCUGCCUAAACAUUUGUCGCUUAGACUUUAGCUUCCCAGAUGACUACUUCAGAGGAGUAAGCCAAAAGGCCAAAGAUUUUGUAUGUUUCCUGUUGCAGGAUGAUCCAACCAAGCGUCCUUCUGCUGCACUGGCCCUCCAGGAGCAAUGGCUGCAGCCAGGCAGUGCCAAAAGUGCUGACAGCAUUGACAUAGCCAGACUGACUUCAUUCAUUGAGCGGCGAAAACACCAGAAUGAUGUUCGACCCAUUCGUAGCAUUAAAAACUUCUUACAGAGCAGGCUCUUGCCAAAAAUUUAACUUAUCUUUGAUGUUCUCUCUCAUUCUCUUUCACUUGUCACUGAAAGUGAGGAUGAAGCUCUCCUGCCAAUCAGCUGUUGACUCGAAUUUGGGGUGAAGAAAACAAAACAAACAAAAGCCAACCAGCUGCUAGCAUGUUCAUCGUGUGGAAAUGCAUUCCAAGUAAAUCUACGCACGGUUGUACUUGGGACUAGCAGUGCUAACCUAUGUUGGGGUGGAGGACUACAACAUUGUACUCUGCAAAAUGAAGAACUUUACACUUACUACAGUAUUUUAUUCAGGUUUCUGCAAAAAAAAACUUUUUAAAAAAAUGUCAAACCAGAAUUGAAAUUUUGCAAAUGAUCUUAACUAGCAUUUUCAAGAUUUUAGACAAAAGGAAAUACACCUAUGUUCAAAGCACUGGUAUCAAGAGACAAGCACGAACAUGGAAAGACAACAAAAUGGCUGCCCAUGGAGGUAGUGUCCAUUUUGGACCAUCUAAUUUUUAUUUUCUUUAAUUUUCUUGGACUUGGACAUGGAGCUUUCCAGUUGCCUCGCCUGUGUCUAUCUUGCAUAGCAGUGCACUGAGAUCGGACUCUGCUUAUAAGUGCAUCCAACCUCAAGAUUUUUGCAUACAAAUAGAAUGAACCAUUUUGCUCUGAUAAAAUGUAGGCCUUACUUGUAAAUAGAUGGUUACCUGCCUUCAGUCUGUGUCUCUUCAAUUUUCCCCUUUCUUCCUUUUCCCUCCCCCUAAAUGGUGGUAUUCCACUGUGCGGGUCUUUAGUUCAGGUCAGCUUUGUUUUGACCUAUCAGAAAAGAACUCCUGGGUUUGGUGUCCAAUAGGCCAACCUUUAUUGUCAGGCAGUAUACAGCAGAAGAAAAUACUCUAAAUGCACUCACUUUGGGAUUUUUGUUUUGUUAUGUUUUGUUUUGUUUUGUUUUUUAUUUCGUAUCAUGUGCAAUGUUGUGGCUUUAACAUUUUAUGCAACUAUUUAUGAGGACCUCUGUUGUAACUGUAAUAAAUAUAUAGAAAAAAAGCACAUUCAUAGUAUGGUGAGCUUUAUGACUUCAUUUGUGUUUGGAAUUUCCAAGAGUGGAUAUGGGAGAGGGUGGGUUUAUCACUGUGUCAUUGAACUAGUUGAACUUGAGCCUUAGCUUGGGAUUUAAUUCAAGAAGUCAAGCUGGUUUUCAGAUUGUAAAAUUAUUUUCAUCUCCUGAAAUGCAAACUGGAUAAGAAAAAAAAAUAGAGUGAAAUUUUUUCAAGAAGUGUGUUUGUUUUGGUGGUUGUUGUUGUUGUUGUUGUUAAAAAUGCCAAAGUAUUAUUUUCCCCUACAAAAUCAAUCUCUACUUUUUAGAAUUUUAAAUUUUGUCUGUUGCUUUCUGUACAAUAAAUGAAUGAAUUUUCUGCUCUUUGAAGAAAAUACUGUCAAGCAGUAGCGGUUAUAACCAAGAACAGAAGUUGGCAUACAAUUACUGUCUCUUGUUUUUUAAAAAAUGGUUUAUAAAAUGUUUAAAAUAUGUGGAAUAUUAAGAUAUUGAUGGUUUUCUGUGCAUUGGCAAGCUGACAUGGAUGUUUAAUCAUCCAUGUUUCUCUUCAUAUGUAAUCCCUGUUGAAAGACACCAAGCCCGAAUCCCAUACGAAGUAGACAUUGCAGUUGGUCUUAAGCCCUGACCUGGCUUGGGUUUUAAUUUCACUAUUUGCAAUUUAUGUUGUAAUCUAUUUAUUUCUUCUUUGUGUUGGUUUUUUGUAAAGUUGUACAGAAACUUUUUAAACAAGAAUUGAAAAUCAAAACUGGAUGAAUGUGUAUUCAUACCAACCAUAACUUUUUUUUUGCUUAUGAAUUAUAAUUUCAUUUCUUAUUUUAGUUGGGAGGUUUUGCUUUAUUUUGCAUGUAUAUUUCUUUGUACAGUGAUGUUGUGUGUUUACACAGUAUGAUGUGAUGUAAAUAAUUUAUUUUGCCAUCAGUUAUUUUAAAAAAAAAUUAAACAUAUUUAACAGA